CUCGUCGACGUCAUCGCUGGCGGACAUUUUCGUUCCGACAUUUUGACAUUUAUCGCCUCCCGAUCAGAGCUUUCAUAUUGGAGAAAUUUUGGCUAUCUAGAAUUCAUCAUGGAUGAAGAAUACGACGCAAUUGUCCUCGGAACUGGUUUAAAGGAAUGCAUUCUAAGUGGGAUGCUUUCCGUGUCCGGCAAGAAGGUAUUGCACAUUGAUCGAAACAAGUACUAUGGAGGUGAAUCUGCGUCAAUUACCCCGUUAGAGGAAUUGUUCUCAAAGUUCAACGCACCGGCGCCGGAUGAAACUUACGGACGAGGCCGCGACUGGAAUGUGGACUUGAUUCCUAAAUUCUUGAUGGCCAAUGGGCUGCUAGUCAAGUUGCUCAUUCACACGGGCGUCACCCGCUACUUGGAGUUCAAGUCAGUGGAAGGAAGCUACGUGUACAAGGGUGGUAAGAUCUCCAAAGUACCCGUGGAUCAAAAGGAGGCGCUUGCUUCAGACCUAAUGGGCAUGUUUGAGAAACGUCGUUUCCGCAAUUUCCUCAUCUAUGUCCAAGAUUUCCAGGAAGAAGACGCCAAGACGUGGAAAGACUUCGACCCCAGCCAGGCCAACAUGCAGUCACUAUACGAAAAGUUUGGUCUUGACAGAAACACUCAGGACUUCACUGGUCACGCCCUGGCCCUCUACUUGGAUGAUGAUUACCUCCAGCGGCCAGCUAUAGAGACAAUUCGUCGCAUCAAGUUGUACUCAGAUUCUCUUGCUCGAUAUGGCAAGUCUCCAUACCUAUAUCCCAUGUAUGGUCUUGGAGAGCUCCCUCAAGGCUUUGCUCGUCUUUCAGCCAUUUAUGGAGGCACAUAUAUGCUGGAUAAACCUAUUGAUGAGAUUGUACUUGGAGAAGGUGGAAAAGUGGUAGGUGUCCGUUCUGGAAAUGAGAUUGCUAAGUGCAAGCAGGUGUAUUGUGACCCUAGUUAUGUUCUGGAUAGGGUCCGCAAGAAGGCUCAGGUGAUCCGUUGCAUCUGCCUCUUAGAUCACCCUAUUGCUAAUACCAAGGAUGCUUUGUCUACCCAGAUUAUUAUACCUCAGAAGCAAGUGGGCAGGAAUUCUGACAUCUAUGUGUCGCUGGUGUCUUACACACACCAGGUAGCAGCCAAGGGGUGGUUUAUUGCAAUGGUGUCUACAACUGUUGAAACUAAUGAUCCAGAGUCUGAAAUUAAACCUGGUCUGGACCUUCUUGGAGCCAUCAGGCAGAAGUUUGUGUCUGUGUCUGACUACUAUGAGCCUACAGAUGAUGGUAGUCAGAGCCAGAUUUUCAUAUCCGAGUCUUAUGAUGCCACAUCUCACUUUGAUUCUACUUGUGUGGAUGUGCUCAAAAUUUACAAGCGUGGUACAGGGGAGGACUUUGAUUUCUCUAAGGUGAAGGUAGAGCUAGGUGAGGAGGAUCAGUGAGUGGGUGGAUAGGUUGUAUUAUGUACAUUUACACAGCUUGUUAAUUAUCGUAUUUGUUUAUGAACUGCUCUGGCAGCGAUGUAAUGUUCAUUAGGGUGUUUUGGGUAAAGAUUUAUAAAGAGCUUUGAUGUAUUUGCAGUAGAAGUAUAUGUGCAAGUUAUUCCCAUUAAGUGGUCAGCAUCUUCAUUAUUUUAUUUAUCAAAAAUAUUUUCAAAAAUAUAAGAUUGUUAUACAAAGCAUUUUAUUCAGUUUUAAGAUUGCUUUUAUUAAUUUUUAAGAUAAAAAUGAGAGUGAUCUGCACAAUUCAAGUGAUAGGAUUAUCUCAAAGGAAUGCAUUCCAUUGUGGUACAUUAAUUUGAUCCUGUAACCAUAUCAUAUUGUAAUGUCAAAAUUGUGAAUGCUCAUUAUACCUAUAUGUCCUGUGUAAGAUCAUGAAUAAAGUUUCAUUAUACAAGGCA